GUCAAAACAAACCACAACACAAUUUGUCAAAAACAAAUGUUCGCAAUUUUGCAGUCAAGUCGUGGUAUUUCUGCGUGCACCAAGCUUUUAUACAAAUCAGUGCAUUGCAGAAAUAUAAUAACACAGAGAAUGGCUGAAAAAACGGUGGAUUAUACGAAGACAAACACAUUUGAAAGCAAAACUCCGUUUCUCAUAGGUGUAGCAGGCGGUACGGCGAGUGGCAAGUCAACAGUAUGUCAACGCAUCAUGGAAAAGCUGGGACAACAGCACAAAGAGCAGACUGAACGGCGAGUUGUGUGCGUCAGUCAGGACUCCUUCUACCGGACCCUCACUCCCUCAGAAAGGCUCCGAGCUGAACGUGGACAGUUCAACUUUGACCAUCCAGAUGCAUUCGAUGACCGUAAGCUGUUAGCGGUAUUGAAGGAUAUCCUUGCUGGAAAGAAGGUUGAAGUCCCGGAGUAUGACUACAUCACAAAUUCUAUAAAUCCACACCGGUCCCACACAAUCUACCCGGCCGAUGUGGUCCUCAUCGAGGGUAUCCUGGUGUUCUACUUCCCGGAGGUCCGCGAGCUGUUCCACAUGAAGCUGUUUGUUGACACCGACUCGGACACCCGCCUGGCCAGGAGAGUACCACGAGACAUAAUGGAGCGAGGUCGUGACCUGGAGCAAGUGCUGAAUCAGUACAUGAACUUCGUAAAGCCAGCAUUCGAAGAGUUCUGCCUGCCGACCAAAAAGUUUGCUGACGUCAUCAUCCCGAGAGGAGCUGACAACUUAGUGGCCAUCGAUCUGAUCGUGCAACACAUCUCCGAAUACUUGAAGCGGAGCCCUAUGGACAAGACCGGAGCCCUGGAGUACGCGGCGCUCUCCACGUCCGUGCCGGGGAGCCCGCAGCGGGGCAAAAGUGGAAGGCCACAUUAAAUUGAUUGUUGGUCAGUGCACCAUCGGAGGACGACACGUGCUUUGACAACACGUAGAUAGCUCAAAAUUUUUAACUUAUUCAACCCACGUAAAUCUAAUUAUUAGAAAAAUACAAUAUACCUAGAAUAUUCUACCUACCUUAUACUAUAGCGGGCUUAGAGCUACGUUAGAAUAGUAAAGAUAUCCCCCUAUUCUCGUGACAUAUCUCAUUUAGAAUUUUAAUUUCUGGUUAAUUUUUUGAAAUUAAUAUUUUAUCAAAAAUUGAAUUUCAUGUCAAUUGAGUAAAGUUCAAAAUGGCGUGUUGUGAACACGAAAUUUGCUUGCUUUUUAAUGCUUAAAUGAAUUCAACAUGAAAAGUACUGUCUGCCAAUGUCAAAAAUAUGUUCGGCAUUUGUGGGACGUAUCAUCUGAGAACAAUUCGUCAACAAAAAUAUAUCUCCCGAUGACGAAAAGACGUCGUAGAACCGUUUUAGGCCGUAGAAACGAUUAAGUAUUUAUAAUUUUGCAGUCACUCUUGCGCUUGAACGGUUUAGGAAUCAGGUUUUAGUUUUAACUAGUCAAUUGGAAUACUUAUGCUCAAUGGCAUUAGUACUUAUUUAAAAAAAUAUAUAUUCAAACGAUUCACUCGUUACCUACCUACUGUUACUUCAUAGCUGCAAAUAUUGUAGAUUUUACGAAAAAAGUUCUUAUAACAAUUAAAACGUAAUACUUAGGAAGAUAAUAAGUUGUUGACAUAUAGAUUUCACAUGGUCCAAAUAUCUAACCAUUUAAAGGUUCUGUAAAAUAAUUCUCUUCAGAUAGGUAUUAUUCAGAGUGAUUUCCACAUAGGUACUUAGGUACUAUAUAUUUCUAUAGUUAAAACCUUAGGAUGCUGAUUUUAAUAAUUAACUUUCGGCCUUAAGCUUCGUGUUUUUACUAAAGGAAGUUAUUUGUUAGUCUGUUUUGAAGAUAAGUUGUUUACUAUUAGCAGCACAAAGAUUUAUUGCAUAAACAAAAAGCUGUAACAUAUAUUAGUAGAUACCUGUUUUAUAUCUUCCUUACUUAGUUCUGCUAUACUAAAACCUAUUUAACCACUUAAUUAACACAGUUUUGCAAUAGUUACUUCUAUAAAAAAAUAUUAAAAAUUAAUGUAUUUUUUUUUUGGUAAAUAGUUGCAUUGCCUUUUUUAACAAGUGGUUGCGAAAAUGAAUCAUUAAAAGCAGCUGGACGGCCUAUUUGUAGAUAAAUUAGAACGUUGGGAAAUGAUGAAUUAAAUACACGGUAAAAGUAAUGACUUAGUGUUUUAUAGUAAUCUAAUGGCGUUUUGUUCAUACACACUUCACAAUGUUUUUAUUCAACUCGUUAAAAAUAUAUAUAUUGUUAUUUUAAAUUAAUUGAAUUUAAAAUUCCAGAGUGAACCUAAUAUAAUUGCUAAGCUGAGACUUAUUUGCUUUCAAACACAGUCAUUUGAGAGCGAUGAGAGCGAUGCUAACAGAACUAGUCAAAAUGAAAUUUGGUACCUUAAAAAUUAAAGUAAAUUUGAUACAAAACUAAUGCAUGGUUUGUGAUUGUUAAAUUAUUGUUUAUUAUUUAUUUUAUAUGUUGUGUUUUGCUAUUUAGAUUAAGUAAGCGUGUAAAAUUUUAUCUUGGACU